AUGACGGGUAAGAGGACAAAGGCAACGGGAGAUAACCUGGUCAACGCAGGAGCGGCCGAAGCAGCCGGCGAAGGGGGAUCGGGCCAGAUGCUGCCAGCCAACCAAAACGACAUAGAAGCCGCCAGGGAUACUUUGAGCGGGAACAUAGACCAGCCGACUCUUCACCAGCUGCUGCUGGGCGUCCUGUCAGCAGCGCAGGCCAACGCCCCCAAAGCGCCGGCCAAGGAUCCCCGGACAGCACCGCCUCGGGAUCGCUCUCCUGACGUUGUCAUCACAAAAGACGUGACCAUCAUGCCAUCCGCAAGAGAGCAGCUAGCAGCAAUAAGGACUGAAGUUCAAGCGAACGACGCCCCGAAGCUGACAGCCCCACACGAGCAGCGGGAGCAGCUCGACGAAGGAACGCUAAUGCUGCUAGAGACUGCCAUCACCGCGCUGGAUGCGAACGAACCCCAGCUGGCCGUCGCGGGAGAAUGCCUCAAGAUCGCUCACCGCCGCCUUAAGUGCUACUCCGUUGCUCUGGCCAAGGCGGGCCCAGGAGCCAACGGUAAUUUCACGGCCCCCUACGAAAUCUGGCACGGCAGGCGGCGCAACUUCACCAAGCCAGAGUUCAAACCAGAGGCCUUAGAUAAGGGCGACAUAGAGAGUGCAUUAGCUAAAACGCGCAAGUCGGUGGCGGCGGACAGGGACGAGAAUUUGGCCGCCACAGUACUGGGCGCACUGCUCGUUGCCGCGGGUUUUAGAGCCCCUCGCCCCGCGCAGCCCCCCCCUGCCCAACGAGACAACACACAAGCGGAGACCAAGAACACCGCCAAGCGUCCCGCACCCGGCCCUGCAGAGCCCACCCGGCCCCGGACCAAGGUCGCCCGCAAAGCCCAGGAACCACAUCCAGACCCAGGAGCCCCUUCGAGGAAUGAACAAGCGGUCCCAGAAGGACCUCCCCCCCGGCCGUACUGGGGCAAGAAUCACCAAUCUGCACGGGACCACGGGGAUUUUGUGUCUUCUGCCAUCGAGGGUUUGCUGGAGUCAGAGACCAUCAAACCUUGCCAGUCCCGCCCUUUCAUGACCUGUCCCUUGGUGUCCCUCGUUUAUAAGCGGCAGGCUCGGCCCAGUUGGAGACCGGUGAUUAGGCAGUCCCCUCGGAGCGCCAGACGCACAGCUGUACAGCGAUUACCGCACGGCAAAUAAGUGCCUAUAGAGUAUCGUUGCGCGCUAGGAAUGUCGCCUGGCCAGCCCUGCUGGCCAGGGUGUGGUUCGUGCGUCGCUGACGCUUCAGGUUUGCCCUCGGGGCGGGUGACCAGUGGACGCAGUCAUUAAUGCUGCGUUUAGUUGUCUAGUGCCGUGCGUCAGUUUCUUUCGGCCGUGCCGGUGUGGCCGCGCUGGACAGCGCUGCGUGCGCUCAGACCGCGCCGUGUGGCGCUAGACCGCGCUUCGGCGCACACGCGCCCUGGCGCUCCGAGAGCAGCAAUUAGUACUCUGCAGUAGUGUAAGGCCCUUGGCAGCCCCGGUUUCGCCUCGCCCUGUCCUAUCCGGCACCCCGAACGCAACCGUACAGCAAGCCAUGAAGGCUAUAGGACAUAA